AAAGUAGUUAGAUGUGCUCCGAAGUGCGCGGGCUAGCCUGACAUGCGUGGAUUCUCCGCGCACGAUGCGGCCUCGCACGCCUUACACAAAAGAAGCGCUACGAUACGAGCGUCGUCAUCAAAAGCCUCCACCCACUCAUCCGCCUGCUCCUACAGCUGCUCCUCGUCCAGACACUACAGAAGUAUUCGGCCGGCGAGAAGCAAAUUCGUCGCCGAUCACCGAUUUUAUCCAGUCGUUUUGUGCGAGCAUUCAAGACGAAAGCUGCAGUUCAACUGACGAGCCAAACUUUGAAUUCAAAAAUGAUAUUACUGAACGAUUAUGGUUAAAGCCUUUUGAUAUUGUGCCUUCGCCUCAAAUUUUAUCCGAUUCGAAGAAAACUAGUUCUCCAAGAAGGUGCUGGGCCAAGAAUUUUCGCCGAUAUUUAACCGAUGGUAUUCUUAUUAUUCAAUUAUUUACUUUAUUCAAUUGCGCUUCUUCAUCUCAUUUAUCCAACACAAUUCCUCCUUGUAAAAAUUUUGGGUUUUUUGCGCAGCAUAGCGACAAUGUAACUGAUCGUUGCACAGUUUGGUCUGAUGACGUCAUUCCUGAAAUUUGCUCAGCUGGCACACAAUCACGUAUUAGAAUAUUAAAGCAUGUGUUCCUUUUUCCAGAGUUACAACCGUUAUCAUUUUUUGAAAUAUUCGCCGUCGGCUUGAGAAACACUGACACGUGGCAGUUGAAUGCCGGCGAGAAGGGUAAUGAUUGCAUUUCGGGAAGUAUAAAUCGGUGUACAUCGUGUUUCCGGAGGAUCUCAGGCACUCUUCGUAAGCUUAAUGAAGCCUAUCGGUCUUUCGACACAACUCUUUCUCGUUUCGACUGCCUUCCAGCGGUGGACACUGCCUCCGCAACAAGACCGUUCUCGCCGAACGCAACUUGUGAUAAUUGUAAAAUAUGGUAUCGUAGAUGGUUGUUGGUUCAAUCGCUUCAAAUCUGGCAACGGCCUCCGUGUAUUAACUGGUGCUACUAUACUCAAUUGGCAUGCCCACAUCUCGCACCUGCAAAAUUAUGGGACUACGCAGGUCAUCCGUCGUUUCAGUGUAGAGAUAUGGACAUUGACAGUUGGCGCCACGAAUGUGACUGCAUCCAUCCGUGUGAUGUUCGUGGAAUUGUAGCUCCAGGUGUUGCAAUGGGCAACGCUCCUUCAGUUCAGCACGACUUUUUCGCGGCACAGAUUCACUGUGAAACGCGGAAAAAGGAGUGCCACAAGCGUUUCAAACAGAUUCGGAAAUCAAAACGGAGUGACACCAGCAGUAACAUUGUUUUUUUAUCAAGCGCAUCACCAAAACGCCCAAAAUUCCUGAUUCUUUCAUUGUUGUUUCUUCGAUUUAUGUUGUUGUUAUAGUAGAUUCUUCAUUCAUCGCCUUAUACCUUUUUUCCACUCAAUUAUUUUUCAAUUUCUCUACCCCUUCUUCAAAAGUGUAAUUCUCAUGUGUCAAAGAAACAAAAAACUCGGCUGAUUUGAUUCCAUUUCCUUCAUUCUUUCCAUGUUUUCUUUCUUUUUUUUUUCAAAUUUUUUGAAUCUUGUCCAAAACCCUUCAAACUAAACUUUCUGUGCAUUUAUAUAUCUAGUACAAUUUGAAACGUGAUCGAAAAUCAAAUUUUGUAUGCCCAUUCCCUCAUCCUUCAAAAUUUCAUUUACUAACAAAUUUUAUAAAUUCCAAAAAAAGUUCGCCUGUCAUCUGGACUUGUUUGUUUAGGAAAUAAUAUUAGUAUCAACUUGUGUCAAUUCGAUUUCUUUCUGAGAAAAUAUAAAUACGCAUUGAUAAUU